CAGCCGAGUUUGAGCGAGGAGUUCCAGCGAAGAACUUCUGCGAGAGGUAUGGUCGUUCCUUGGUGCUCGCAGCUCCAGAUUCUCAAGCAUCCCUCAGUUGGUGGAUUCGUCACGCACUGCGGCUGGAACUCCAUCCUAGAGAGCUUGAGCUGUGGAGUUCCACUGGUCGGCUGGCCAUCUAUCGCGGAGCAAAGACUCAAUGCAAAUGGAUGUGUGGACGGUCGGCGCCAGGAUCGUCCCUCGCAAUCCCGAUGCCAGCACCAGGCUUGUCGCUCGAUCCGAAAUAUCCGACGCGAUCGCCACGGUGAUGAUCGCCGAGGAAGGGCGGGAGAUGAGGAGCCGCGCUCGCGAGAUCCCGAAGGCUGCCGAUCGAGCAAUGCGAUCUUCCCUAGCCGCGGCAAGACGCUGGGCGGAGAAUUUCUCACCGUUAGAAGAUGCUACCUAGGAUUUAGGGUUCUUGGGAAUGAGAAGGGCGCCUAUAGACGAUAUUCCCAGGACCGUGACGGCGAUCCUCAAUCUCCUCCACAGCGGUCGGCCAUGGAGCGCGAUCGAGCCCGAUCUCUCGCCAUUCUCGGCCACCACGCCCAGGAUCGUAGGUAGGGUCGUGAACAGCCUGAAGGACGCCAAGCUCGCCCUCGCCUUCUUCCGCUGGGCGCCAGCGAGCAUUCCAGGGUUCUCCCACACCGCAUUCUCCUGGAAUUCGCUGCUCCAGGUGCUUGUGCGAUGCAAGAAGCAUCGCGAGGCGGGCGACCUCUUUCGCUCGGAGCUCCUCACGAGCUGCGAGCCCGAUGUGUGCUCCUACAACAUCGUCAUCUCUGGAUUUUGCAAUGCUGGGGAUCUCCACGCGGCGCUUGAGCUCCUCGAGGAGAUGAAGAGCGCCGGGUUCGCUCCAGAUGCUUUCACGCACACGCCGAUCAUCACAGCCAUGGCCAAUGCCGGUGAUUUGGAUGGAGCCAUGGAUCACUUGAGGAGCAUGGGAUGCGAUCCAAACGUGGUGACUUACACAGCUCUCAUAGCAGCGUUUGCAAGAGCAAAGAAGCUCGAGGAGGCGAUGAAGCUGCUCGAGGAGAUGCGAGAGCGUGGCUGCCCUCCAAACUUGGUGACAUACAACGUCUUGGUGGAUGCUCUCUGCAAGCUUUCCAUGGUUGGAGCUGCCCAAGACGUGGUGAAGAAGAUGAUCGAGGGUGGCUUUGCUCCAAACGUGAUGACCUUCAACUCUCUCGUGGAUGGAUUCUGCAAGAGAGGCAAUGUUGACGAUGCUCGCAAGCUCCUGGGGAUCAUGGUGGCCAAGGGAAUGAGACCCAACGUCGUGACUUACAGCGCUCUCAUCGAUGGGCUUUGCAAGUCUCAAAAGUUUCUCGAGGCCAAGGAGGUCCUGGAGGAGAUGAAGGCCAGCGGUGUUACUCCCGACGCUUUCACUUACAGUGCCUUGAUCCAUGGACUGUGCAAGGCUGACAAGAUCGAAGAAGCCGAGCAAAUGCUCCGACGCAUGGCUGGUUCCGGCUGCACUCCCGACGUGGUUGUCUACAGCAGCAUCAUCCACGCGUUUUGCAAGUCCGGGAAGUUACUCGAGGCACAGAAAACUCUCCAGGAGAUGCGAAAGCAGCGGAAAUCUCCGGACGUGGUGACUUACAACACAGUGAUUGACGGACUUUGCAAGCUAGGAAAGAUCGCCGAGGCUCAAGUGAUACUGGAUCAGAUGCAAGAAUCCGGGGACGUUCUACCGGACGUGGUGACUUACAGCACGGUCAUCAACGGACUUUGCAAAUCCGACAUGCUUGUCGAGGCACAAAAGUUGCUGGACAGGAUGUGUAAAGCUGGCUGCAACCCGGACGUUGUUACUUACACCACCAUCAUCGACGGGCUUUGCAAGUGUGGAAGAUUGGAGGAGGCCGAGUAUUUGCUCCAAGGGAUGAAGAGAGCUGGCUGUGCUCCAAACGUUGUCACGUACACCACGCUCAUCUCCGGCCUGUGCAAAGCUCGCAAAGUGGAUGAAGCGGAACGAGUCAUGGAGGAGAUGAGAAACGCAGGCUGCCCUCCAAACCUGGUGACUUACAACACCAUGGUGAAUGGUUUGUGUGUGUCGGGACGGAUCAAAGAAGCACAGCAGCUAGUCCAGAGGAUGAAAGACGGUCGUGCGGAGUGCUCGCCCGACGCGGCCACUUACAGAACCAUCGUCAAUGCGCUCAUGAGCUCCGACUUGGUCCAGGAAGCCGAGCAGCUGCUGGAGCAGAUGAAGUCGACCACAUCGAGCCAACAGGAACAAGGGUCUCUCACGCUUUUCUAACUGGUUCAUGCUGAUCUUCCCAAGUUCAUUGUUUUUGUUGCGAAGUUUAUCAACCUCAGGCUUGAAUUGAUUUCCUUGAUUCAACACUUGCGACGGGGACGGUGUUAGAUGCUCCAGAGUAUCAAAAUCGGCUCUAUUGAAAAGUUCCUAUGCGUCAACACUCACAGAUCGAUCAUUCAAAUCAAGAUCUCAAGGUGGUAGUGGAGAUUGGAACUAGAACACUAUGUUUACAAGCGUACAAAGCUCUGGGAUUCCAUCCAAAGGAUUAAAUCCGUGCGCUACGCCUCACAUCAACAUGAUUCCGACAAACAACGUUGUCCAAUGCUGCAAGUUCGCGGGCACUGCGAAAGUGCAAAAUCCCCGAUCAUAGACAAGAAACACGAUGUCCCAGCCUCCAGCUUC